AUGGGCUCAAAGCCGAGAGGAGUGGAGAAUUUCAAAGCCAAGAUGAGAGAGAUCUUCGAGAUGAGUGAUCUUGGGAUGCUAAGCUACUACCUGGGAAUAGAAGUCAAACAAAGGUCGUAUAGCAUCACCCUUAACCAGGCAGGGUAUGCUGAGAAGAUGCUCGAGAAGCUCGGCCUGGCUGAGUGCAAGCCAUGUCGGGUUCCAAUGGAUAUACGGGUGAAGCUGAGCAAGUCAGAUGGAAGUCCUCCAGUAGAUGCAACACUAUACAAGAGUGCAAUCGGAAGUCUAAGAUAUUUGGUGAACCCUCGACCCGAUCUUACAUAUCCAGUUGGAAUUGUAAGUCGCUUCAUGGAAGCCCCAACAACGAAACAUCUAGCAGCCAUAAAACAAAUAUUGCGUUAUGUGAAAGGCACCUUACAUAAUGGGUGCAUAUAUAACAAGGUGGAAGAGGAGGAGUUCAAGCUAGUAGGCUAUAACGACAGUGACUUAGCUGGAGACGUAGAUGAUCGGAAAAGCACAACAGGGGUAAUCUACUUCCUCGGCCAAAGUCCUAUCACCUGGAUUUCUCAGAAGCAGAAAUUCGUAGCCUUAUCCUCGUGUAAAGCCGAGUAUAUUGCUGCAACAACAGGAGCUUUUCAAGGCAUAUGGAUUAGUAGGCUGUUACAUGAAUUGAUCGGUUGGAAAACAAACAAGUUCAUUGAUCAAGCAUAA